AUGAAUAACACUGAUAUUAGGACAGGAGAUAGAGUACUUUGUAAGGUGGGGGAUUUUCCACCGUGGCCUGCUGUUGUAGUACCCCAGAGAUUUUUGAGUAAGCUUGUUUAUUCUGGGAAGCGAUCCAAGAACUAUGUUUGUGUGGCAUUUUUUAAUGAUGAUUCAUAUUACUGGAAGGAACCACGACAUUUAACGUUACUUACAAACAAGAUGUGUACUGAUUGGAUGAAGAAGAACUCCAAAUCGAGGGAUAAUGCGUUGAUGGGUGCGUAUAAGCAUGCUAUCGAGUACCAGGCGUUGUUUGAAUUUUUAAAGGAAAGGUUAAUCCAAGAGGAACGAGAUGAUAUCCUUGAGGAUGUGAAGGAUAUACCUGCUGGCGAGGAUCCAUUCGAACCGAAGCCCAACCCCAGGCGUGCCGGGAGCAACAACAACAACAACAAACCAUCUAACUCUAAGAAACGGACGAAACCAUCUUCUACAGGCGAUGACACAGGCUCAUCAUCGCCCAACUUAGAUAAUAAGCUUGAAACAUCAAAUGAUGAAAAGUUAUCAUAUUCAACAUUGCCAUCUGUGUCGUCAUCGCCGUCUUUAUCAGGUUCUUCAUCCUCCAAGGCAGGCCAUAAGAAUAAAAGAAGGAAAUUGGAUUACGAUAAUAGGGUUAGCAUCGCUCAGCUGCUUCGCAAUAAACUGCAGAGGAAUCUGGUGCAAAGGAAUGAACCGCCGUCAGAAAAGGAAUACAAGGAGUCCGAUAGGCUGUUUAAGACGAUUAUCAAUAGACUAUCUACCGAGCCCCCAUUUUUUGACUAUAAAGCACUGCGGACUUCGAAGUUGUACAAGCUAUUGAAGGUUAUCACGCAUGAUAACAACUUGGCCCGUUAUCAUGAGGAUUGCAAAAUCAUUUUAGCGAAAUGGUCGCCUAUAAUACUCCUUAUCAAGCAAGACAAACAGAGAUCACAGCAACUUGAAAAAAAACUUAUUACAGGUGAUACAAACGGACUUGAAAUCAAAGUGGAAGAUAAUUCAGUUAGGACUCACCCGUCAAUAGGCAAAUAA